UUCUUGCUAAGGAAUCUUUGACUCCUCCUAAGCAUACACUACUUGAUUCAGAAAAACUUAGCAGUUCACUACACUGCAACCAUUGUUCUCUUACCUUAUCAUAUCAUCAUAUCAUCAUGGCUGGUGCACUUGUUGGUGGAGCUUUUCUUUCUGGCUUCAUUAACGUUGUCUUUGACAGGUUGCUCACAACGGAUACGGUCAACCGGGUCUUGGGCAAGAAACUUGGCCCUGGCUUGGUUGAGAGGCUGAAAAUUUCUCUGCAUGCUGCUGAAGCUGUGCUUGAUGAUGCUGAGUACAAGCAACUGGGCGACGAUCGUGUGAGGGAUUGGCUCAACUGUCUGAGAGAUGCUGUUUAUGAUGCUGAUGACUUUCUGGACGCUGUACUCACCAAAGCCGCCACUCAAAAGGAGGUAUGUUCUGUCUUGCCUAGUUUCUUUCUCAACCGACAUAGGAAGAUGGUAGAUAACAUGGAAGGGGUGGUUUCAAGAAUAGAAUUUCUUGUAAGGCAAAAAGAUAUCCUUGGUCUUCAAAAGACUACCAAGGAUAAUAACUUGUCAUCAUCAUCAUCAUCGUCAUCAUGGCGAGAAACCACAUGUCUGAUGGAAGGGAACAUAUAUGGAAGGGAGGAUGAUCAACAAGCUCUAAUCAAAACAAUAAAUGACAACAAUGAAUCUCAGUUAUCUGUGAUUCCUAUUGUUGGCAUGGGUGGGGUUGGUAAAACAACCUUAGCCAAAUGGGUGUACAGUGUCGUGGAAGGAUUUGAUCUGAAAGCAUGGGUCUGCAUCUCUGAAACAUUUGAUGUUGCUGAGAUUACAAAGAAAACCAUUGAGGAAAUUACAAAAACUACUUGUAGCCUUGGGAGUUUAAAUUUGCUUCAAAAUGAAUUGCAGGAAAUCUUGUCGGGAAAGAAGUUCUUUAUUGUUCUAGACGAUGUCUGGAGCGAUGAUGCCGAUAAGUGGAAGCAAUUUAUAACUCCUUUUCACUGUGGGGCUAAGGGUAGUACAAUUCUUCUAACAACUCGCAAUCACGAGGUUGCUUCAGUAGUUCAAACAUGUCCCUCUUGCACUCUUAAUGAGUUGUCGGAAGAGUCUUGUUGGUUAUUGUUUGCAGCCAACGCAUGUUUUCCAGAGUCAAACGGGAACCCAACACUAGAGGCUGUGGGUAGAAAGAUUGUCAAGAGGUGUAAGGGGUUGCCAUUAGCUGUAGAAACACUUGGGCGUUUGUUGCGAGGAAAGGAUGAUGUUAAAGAAUGGAAUGUUAUGUUAAUGAAUGACAUUUGGUGA